AUGGAGUUCUACCUGGAGAUCGACCCUGUCACUUUGAACCUCAUCAUUCUAGUUGCCAGCUACGUCAUCUUACUCUUGGUGUUCCUCAUCUCCUGCGUGCUGUAUGACUGCCGAGGCAAGGACCCCAGUAAGGAAUAUGCUCCUGAGACCACACUGAACGCGCAGCCUUCCAUCCGAGUGGUGGUGACGCAGCACAGUGCUCAUGGGUCCCCCUGGUCCAGAGGACCCAGCCUUCACCUUAAAGAUCCUGCCUCAACAGGGAAGAAAAGCACUGUGGUGUAA